GCCCUGCUUCCUCCAGUCGCGCGGGACUCCUCUCCGACGGCGCAGCGCUCCGACACUUUUAGAGACGCCCGGCCCCUGCAACGCCCGCACCGCCACCACCUCCUGCACUGCCAACAUGCAGCCCCUCCUGAGAAUGGCGCUCCUGGCGGCGCUGCUCGUCGCCACCGCAGACGCCCUCUUCACGCCGCGCUGCCUCUGGAGCGGGCUGCUGGGCGACCUGGGAAGCAGCGGGGAGAGCGACGAGCGCUGGGUCCGCGACACUGCCUUCAGGACCAAGGACUCGAGGGUGCGCCGCUUCCUGUGGACAGACCGCGACGUGUGCGACUGGAUGUGCAAGGGUGACUACGGCUCCGAGGUGCGGGAGGUGUGCAGCCGGUGCUGCCCGGGCUCCCAGCCCUCCUCCACCUCGCGACGACCGUCCUCGACAGCGUCCACGCCACCCUCCACCAGCCGUGCGCCGAGGAGCACCGUAGAGGACGGCACCACCACGUCGCAGAGCACACCCGCUGCGUCCGCCGGAACGCCCGCUGCGUCCGCCGGAACGCCCGCUGCGUCGGCUGGAACGCCCGCUGCGUCGGCUGGAACGCCCGCUGCGUCCGCUGGAACGCCCGCUGCGUCGGCCGGAACGCCCGCUGCGUCCGCUGGAACGACGGCUGCGUCGGCUGCGUAGGCCGGAACGCCCGCUGCGUCCACCGGAACGACCGCUGCCGCGGCUCGAACGCCUUGAUUCGCGCCAUCUACGACUGGGUGGACUGGGUCCUGCUUGCUGACGAUCCUUUCCUGGAUCGCGGCGGCGACUGUGGGCGCAAUGACCAUCUCCUACCGGAGGCGAAAUUUAUCACGGCCGGCUGGAGCUCCACUGUGACGCUCUCAUUUAUAUUUUUUCACUAACCCUAUUUUUCUUGCGAUUAUAAAUCUUGUAAUUGGCUUUUACGCCUGGGACCUAUGCUCUCCAGCUUAGGGACGAAAUAAAAACUACUUAUUUACAGAA